CUUUGAUUACUAUUUUUAUAAAAUAGUUAAAUAAUGAACGAAGAGUUUAAUCUAUACGAGGAAGAAUUUCAUAAAUACUCAAAAGCCUUAUUAUCCAAAUUUCAUCAAGCUCCGACAGCUACUCAAUAAGAUUAUAGAGAAGCUAUGGAAGAGUUUAGUAAUUUGAAAAGAUCACUGGAUGGAAUGCAAUUAUCUAUAGGUAAUCGUAGUGGACCUUAAUUUACUAAAUUAACUUAGUAUAAGAGUGAAUUCUAACAAAUUAAAUAAUAAUACACACAGUAUGUUCAACACACAUCUCCUACUUUGGCUAUGGCUAUAUAAUAAAAUGAAAAACUUAUUGAAUAUACUAAAAUUGCUUAUGAAGCUGAAGGACAUGCGACUCAUAUAUAAUUUGAGUUACAAAAUUAAACUUAUAAAUUAGAUGGAAUGAUUAGAAAAACAAAUGAAGCAAAUUAAGAUAUUGGAACUUCGGAAUCUUUGAUAAAUCGUAUGAGGAAUCGUGCCAUUUAUCGAAAAAUACUAACUUAUUCUAUGGUUGUCUUAAUUUUGAUAUCAAUUAUCCUUAUUCUUUGGUACAACUUUUUUUGA